UAAUUGAUUAAUUAUUUAACAAUUAACAAAAAACACAUGCCGUUAUCUGUUUAUUAACUUUACUUCGUCGUAGUAAACAAACAUCAAUUGGUAUUGCAAAUGCUGCAGUCUUCCAGUUGUAACUGAAAUCAAGUUGCCGCCGCUGCCAUUAGUUAUGAUCGGCACAGUGUUCUAUUACUAUUUUUAGAUUUUCUCAAAUUUUAGUGCGAAUUAAAGAGCAUUCUUCUCAUAUAGUUUAACCUACCAUCGACAACAGAAGUCCAACACUAAAUAAAAUCAAUCAAAAUGGUCCAGAAAUGUGAGACACCAAACUGUGGUAAAGAUGCUACCUUGCAGUGUCCAACGUGCCUGAAAAUGGGUAUUCCUGGUUCGUACUUUUGUUCGCAGCCAUGCUUCAAAGGGUUUUGGAAAGAGCACAAAAUGAUACAUGCUUUGGCAGAAGGUGCUGCUAAACCUAAAUGCCCAGUGGAAGGUGGCUUCAAUCCUUGGCCAAAUUACCGGUUUACCGGCAAACUGAGGCCAGCCGAAAAAACACCCAAACGACAUGUACCCGAACAUAUUGAGCGCCCCGAUUACGCCGAUCAUCCCGACGGUAGAGCCGCAUCCGAGGAGGCCAUGCGCGGCAAUUCUUCUAUUAAAGUUUUGGAUGAUGAUGAAAUCGAAGCAAUGCGUGUAGCCGGCCGUUUGGGUCGUGAAUGCUUAGAUGCUGCUGCUCAAGCAGUUGAGGUGGGUGUAACCACCGAUGAAUUGGAUCGUUUGGUCCACGAGGCAGCCAUUGAAAGGGAUUGCUAUCCUUCUCCUUUGAAUUAUUACAACUUUCCCAAGUCCUGUUGCACUUCGGUGAAUGAGGUUAUAUGUCAUGGCAUACCCGAUCUCAGACCUUUGCAAGAUGGUGAUCUUUGCAAUAUUGAUGUGACCGUCUAUCACCAUGGCUUCCAUGGGGAUUUGAAUGAAACAUUCUUUGUGGGUAAUGUUGCCGAAAAGCAUAAGAAAUUGGUGCGUGUAACUUAUGAGGCGUUAAGCAAAGCAAUUGAAUUGGUGAGACCUGGUGUUAAAUAUCGCGAAAUUGGAAAUGUCAUCCAGAGAUAUGUAUCCCCACAUGGUUUUAGUGUGGUUAAGAGCUAUUGCGGCCAUGGUAUACAUAGACUCUUCCACACUGCCCCAAAUGUGCCUCAUUAUGCAAAAAAUUCUGCUGUUGGAGUUAUGAAAGCUGGCCAUACAUUCACUAUUGAGCCCAUGAUAUCGGAAGGCUUGAGUACGGUGUCGCAAUGGCCCGAUGACUGGACUGCUGUUACUGGUGAUGGCUUGUAUUCGGCCCAGUUUGAGCAGACGCUUUUGGUUACAGACACUGGUUGUGAUAUUCUGACCAAACGCCGUGAGAAAAACGGGCAGCCUUGGUUUAUGGAUAAACUGUAGUAGUAAUAUUGUUACAAGUCAACUAAAUACUUUUUCGUUUUGUAAUUUUUACAUCAGUUUUUUUGUAAUUAAAGCGAUUAUGGUUUUUACUCAAAUUAAAAAAAAAUAUAUAUUUUUUUUUUAUUUUA